CAGUGUUGCAUAAUUCGGGGAGAAACAUUCUCUUGAAACACUCUAUUCUCCAUAUAAACUGAAGGUGUUUCAACUCACUUGACAUCCAAGGUGCACUUCUUGCUACGAAUUCCCUCUCUGACGGCUUAGUUUACCAGGAUACACGCCAUGUCUGUUCUCUACGUGUUCCCUCUCCUGGUUCUGUUCUCUGUGGGAACUGUAGAACCAGAACCACAGGACUGUGAGGAUCUGGUGAAACCAGUCGCUCUGGAAGACAAACGCAUCAUCUUUGGAGACUGGAUCUUCCUCGAGGGUUUUGGAAACCUUGAUAUAGUAAAUGACAUACUAAGAAAGACCAAGAGCUCCUGGAUUCAAAUCCUACCCACUUCAGAUAACGAGACAGCCCUUCUCAACCAGGGAAACUUGAUUGAUGGAAAAUGCCUCAACUCUUCUGUGUACAUGACCUUUUCCGGAAACAGUUUUCAAGCCACACACGAUAAUGUGAGCUCCACGGGAAGAUUACUACAGACCUGUCCUGACUGUCUCACCAUGCAGCUCAGCAGCGUUAUGGAAGGACAGAACGUCCAAUGUCUUUACAUCUUUGGGAAGAACCGGACACUGCUAGAGUCAGAUCUGAAGUAUUUCCGGACACAAGCCCAAUGCCUCCAGUACCCUCAGCCAGCACCGUAUUCCUACGAUGGGGUCACAGAGUUCUGCGCAGAGGAAAACAAGAGACUGUACGUGGUAGAGACUCAAAAGGAAAAGGUUGUUCUGCAGUGACACGGCAACUGACAAUGAAAUAGUUGCAUUAAUAAAAUAACUUUUUCCCUCA